AUGUCUUCCGCAACCUCUUCUGCACCUCCUUCGGCAGCCGAAAUCUCUGAUGCCGAACGCAGCAUGCUCUCGAUACCCGGUAACGCUCCGCCAGAAGCAAAAGCCUCACUCGCACGGAUGAUGUCCGCCAUCUUCGGCAUCCGUGAGGGAUACAGGGAGGGCUUUGCGCUUGACGUGGCGCGGAGGUUGAGGUUGUUGGAGGUCAAUGUGCGGGGGAAGGAGGAGGAGGAGAGUAGGUCGGAGUGGAAGGUUGUGUUCGAGACCACUGUCGAGCCAGAUAUGGUGAACGCGGGUGGUAGCAUGCACGGAGGGUGCUCAGCAUACCUCGUCGACAUUUGCACCUCGCUCGCUCUAGCGGCAGCCGGUAAACCUGGUACGGUCUCACAAGCAAUCGACAUGGUCUACCACGCGCCGGCACCACUUGGAUGCAGGAUACGCAUCGUGAACCUGACCAUCACGCUUGGUGCGCGAGUUUCCUCGGCACGCUGUGAGAUAUGGGAUACGGAUAACAAGCGGCUCAUUGCUACGGGCUUGCAUAUGAAGAUGGCGCCGUCGCCGGCAGCAUCAAAGUUGUAA